CAGAAUAUGUUUCCACCCGGGCACAAUUCACAGUUACACUGGCGGAAAAUGGCGAGCCACCUUCGUUUUGUCGCUCGGACUGUCAUGGUCCAGAAUGGCAAUGUCGAUGCGGCAUACGGCGCUCUUAACAGAAUUCUGUCGUCAGAUGGAAUCAUUGAAUCUGUGAAACGCAGAAGAUACUAUGAGAAACCCUGCCGUAAGAGGCAGAGAGAAAACUUUGAGAACUGUAAGAGAAUCUACCAUGCUGAGAUGGCUCGAAAGAUUUCUUUUGUAUCAAGGACACAAAGAGAAGAUCCAUGGCUUGGAUGUUAAAAAUGAUCAAGAAGUGACUUCAAGAAACGUCUAGUUAUGAACUGUGAUCAACUUCAGAGACUACAUUUACAAAGCUGAAGAUCCAGAAACAUGAGUACAUUCAGCAAAUAUUUACACCAUCCCCAUCAGAAUGUUAUGAAUGUGUUCUGUCACUAUAUUUACAUUUUGAAAGCUGUUGUUUUGACACGUUGGCUUUUGUUCGGCUGUUGUAAACUAUUACAUGUUCUCACCAAUAAAAAGCUGUCAUUUCACAAAAA